AUGGCUUCUUCAGAAGACCACACUCAUGGUGAUGCUAACAUUCCGAAACCUCCUCCUCUUCCUCGUAUAACCUACAGGCGUUUUCAAGCUUCCAGCACGAAUCCUUCGAGCUCAUCACGCCUUGUGCCCAAAGAAACAGUAGAAACUUGGGAGAGGCUUUUCAAAGAAGGAAUUGGAGCAGAUGCAUUCAUUGUAACCGAUAACUAUAAUCAUUUUCCAGCUCAUUCAUGUGUCCUGGCUGCAGCCUCACCAGUAAUCGCUACACUUCUGGAUCAGUCGAGGGGUAAAAAUGGAAAACCAUAUCUCAAAAUCUCUGGAGUGCCUUGUGAUGUAGUCUACACGUUCAUUCGGUUUCUGUACUCGUCCUGCUACGAGGAGGAAGAGAUGAAGAAGUUUGUGCUCCAGCUAUUGGUUCUGUCACACUGCUACUCUGUCCCAUCUCUUAAAAGAGUUUGUGUGGAGGUUCUCGAUCAAGGAUGGAUCAACAAGGAGAAUGUGAUUGACGUGCUCCAGCUGGCACGAGACUGCGACGCUGAAAGAAUUGGCUUUCUAUGUGUUUCAAUGGUUAUCAAAGACUUCAAGUCUAUAUCUUCAACAGAGGGAUGGAAAGUGAUGAGCCACACUAAUGGUCGUCUCGAACAAGAGCUUAUUGAAAUCGCCGUAGAAGCAGAACUUCAGAAAGAUGAAAGAAUGAAAAAGCUCGAGGAGAGGAAAGUGUAUCUGGAACUCUAUGAAGCCAUGGAAGCUCUUGUCCACAUAUACAGAGAAGGCUGUGGCACAAUUGGACCUCGUGAUAAAGCCCUUAAAGGAAGCCGAGUCGUCUGUAAGUACCCGGCGUGUAAAGUACUUGAAGCUGCAUUUAGACAUUUCUUGGGGUGCACGUCUAGGGCUUUGUGUCUUCAGUGCAAGCGGAUGGGACAGCUUCUGCAGCUUCACUCUUGUAUCUGUGAUGAUGAUCAUGACUAUGAUUCGGAUUCUUGCAAUGUCCCUCUCUGCCGGAAUUUCAAGGAGAAAAUGAAGAGGCUUAGCGAGAAAGAAGAAUCUAUGUGGAGAUUGCUUGCGGAAAACGUUAUAAAAGCGAGGAACAGUAGUAGGUUAUUCUCUUCACGUCGUUCUGGCUUCAUAAGCAUUGACUGUGGGAUUCCAAGUGGAUCAUCGUACACAGACGACACAACGGGCAUAAACUACGUCUCAGAUUCAUCUUUCGUCGAAACCGGAGUCUCCAAAUCGAUCUCUUUCGAAGCUCCAAGACAACUUCAGAACCUGAGGAGCUUUCCGGAAGGUUCGAGGAAUUGCUACACUCUGAUUCCAAAACAGGGGAAAGGCAAGAAGUACCUCAUAAGAACCAGUUUCCUGUACGGUAACUACGACGGAGAAAGCGGUUCGGUUUUUGAUCUGUUCCUUGGAGGAAAUAUCUGGGACACUGUGUCUUUAAACAAUACACCCGUCCCUGUGACCAAAGAAGUCGUUUACUUUAGCCAAUCUGAGAAUAUAUUUGUCUGUUUGGGUAACAAAGGCAAAGGAACUCCAUUUAUCUCGACUAUAGAGCUUCGAUUUCUCGGGAACGACAAUACAACAUACGAAUCUCCAAAUGGUGCACUGUUCUUCUCCAGACGCUGGGACUUUGGCUCUUUCAUGGAGUCACCCGUCAGAUAUAAUGACGAUGUAUAUGACCGAAUCUGGAUUCCUCGCAAUUUCGGCAGCGAUUAUAGAGAGAUCAAUACAUCACUCCCAGUGAUCUCAGGUAAUGAUGGCUACAGCCUUCCUAGUUUGGUUAUGAGCACAGCACUGACUCCCACAAACACAGCAAAACCAAUCACCAUGAUCUUGGAUAACAGUGAUCCAAAAGUCAGAUACUUUGCUUACAUGCAUUUCGCUGAGGUCGAAGAUCUCAGUCUCAAACCAAACCAGACCAGAGAGUUCGAGAUCCGCAUCAACGGAGUGAGAAUUGCUGACGUCAGUCCCAAGUAUCUUCAAACAGAGACAGUUUUCCUGAAGCCUGAGAGCCAAACAGAUAUUAGGUUUACGCUCGAGAGAACCCCCAAGUCUACACUUCCGCCAAUCGUUAAUGCUCUGGAGAUAUACAUCGGCAAUAGUUUCUCGCAGUCUUUCACUAGCAAAGAGGACGAUGACGCGGCUACGAGUAUAAAGGCGAGUUAUAAAGUGAAGAAAAACUGGCAAGGAGAUCCUUGUUUGCCUAGUGUCUACAUUUGGGAGGGCCUUGACUGUAGUUAUGAUAGUCUUACUCCUCCCAGAAUCACAUCACUGAACUUAACAUCUAGCGGAUUAACGGGUCGCAUAUCUCCAUCCUUCUCUAACCUCACAAUGAUUCAAGAGCUAGACUUAUCAAACAAUGGCUUAACCGGAGACAUUCCAGAGUUUCUGUCAAGACUGAAGUUCUUGAGGGUUUUAAACCUAGAGAAAAACAAGCUUACAGGUUCGGUUCCAUCCGAGUUGUUAGAAAGGUCAAAAAGCGGAUCGCUAUCCUUCAGGUUCGGAGAUAAUCAGGGACUCUGUACAGAGAUUGCUUGCGUAAAAAGUAACAAGAAAACACUUGUGACCGCGAUUGGCGCAUCAUGUGCAGCCUUGUUCAUUCUCCUGUUACUGUCUGGUGUAUUUUGGAUGAUCAAUAAACGAAAGAAAAAGUCCGGUAUAUAUCCAUCUUUUUUUAACUUAUCUAUCUUGUCUAUCACGGUACUAAUUGUCAAAAACUUCCCAUGCAAAGUAAACUCUGCGGUGGAAAAAGAUGCAGACAACGGGAUCAGACACAGUCCGGCGGAGAAAAAAUUAUUGUUUACCUUUGCAGACGUUGUAAAGAUGACAAAUAAUUUCGGUCGUGUCCUCGGUAAAGGAGGUUUUGGAACAGUCUACCAUGGCUACUACAACAACCUUCAAGUCGCUGUUAAACUUUUAUCAGAAACAUCAGCUCAAGGUAUCAAAGAGUUUCGCUCAGAGGUCGAAGUUCUUGGAAGGGUUCAUCAUGUAAACCUCACUGCGCUGAUCGGUUAUUUCCAUAAUGCUGAAAAAAUGGGAUUGGUCUAUGAGUUCAUGGCUAAUGGAAACAUGGCGGAUCAUCUCGCGGGAAAAUAUGACCAUACAUUGAGCUGGACACAAAGACUUCAGAUUGCACUUGAUGCAGCACAAGGGCUUGAGUAUCUUCACUGUGGAUGUAAACCUGCGAUAGUUCACAGAGAUGUGAAGACUUCUAACAUAUUGUUAAACGAUAGAAACAGAGCAAAGCUUGCAGAUUUCGGACUUUCCCGGAGUUUUCAAACAGAUUCUCGUUCUAACGUUUCCACUCUAGUAGCUGGAACUCCUGGAUAUCUCGAUCCACUAUGCUUCAAGACGAAUGGGUUAAACCAUAAGAGUGACAUAUACAGCUUUGGGGUUGUGCUAUUGGAGAUGAUUACGGGGAAAAAUGCGAUCGAUGAGUCACAAACGGAGCGUGUUCACGUGAGUGAUUGGGUGGUCUCGAUCUUGAAGUCUACGAAUGAUGUGAGUAAUGUUGUAGAUUCAAAGUUGGCGAAAGACUUUGAUCCAAACUCUGUCUGGAAAAUUGUGGAGCUUGCUUUGGCCUCUGUUUCGCUUAACGUCUCUGAGAGGCCUGACAUGAAACAGAUUGUUGUAGGAUUGAAGGAGUGCCUUGCAAGAGAAGAGAGUUGCAAGAAUUAUUGA